CCUUGAUCCAUCCAUUUGAAAGAAAGUUAAAGCCCUCUUUUAUAAUAUUAAUACCCCCGGUGGGUAUCGAGUGGUUCGCCCCUGCACAGGAAUCAGAGUUCCUGCCUCUUCCAUAAAUUCCCGAAGUCUGGCAUCCAUUCAAAACUCCCCGCCAGCCUGCGAUGACUAAAGUUUGGAGUAAGAUAAGAAUCUCGCGGCUGCGCCCCCGUUUUGGGUCAAAGACUUUGCAAGAUGGCAACCAGCGUGGGUACGUAUGGAAGUCAAACGUCCAAAUGUUUGGAAUCCUGAGAAAGCAGUGACCUCAGUUUGAUCAUUGUUGAAGAACGAAGAGACAUGAUACUGGUAGAGGGAGGCUCGCAUGUACGCUGGAGUUGGUGAUCGAAAUGCCCAUCAUCAAAGAAGAUAUAGACCGAGCUGUGCAGGCCCUCCAGUCUGUGCUGAAGUCCCUGACUGAUCCUGAAGACGCCGUCCACAGAUAUGUGCUGAGAUGUGCACUACACAUGAUGAAGAGCAGGCUCUUUUAUGCUAUCAUAGACAUUUGUCAACAAUAUGUACAGACCCUAGAGUUCUCCCUGGACUGGAGUGACAGUGCACAGGUGGCUCUGAUUGGUGCAGACAGCAGUACAGACCAGGACUUCAGCUUCUCCAGCACUCCCCCUGGUGAGCCCUGGUGCAUGACAGGUUUCAGUAGCCUGGACUUCCCCUCCACAGCCUCCUCCCCCAGCCCCCACUGUAGGACACCUCCCUUCCUCAUGAACCUGGAGGACGAUUUCCCGAGCAGCGCCCCUUGCAGAUGUUCUGGGAACUGCAGAAAACAUGCUGCAGAGACAAAAAUACCUGAACAGCCUGAACCAAAGCGACAGAGAAUAGACCACCAAACCUGCUUAGAUGAUGAGUGGUACUGUGGUGUUGAGGAGGACGUGGAAUCACUUGACAGACAAUCAGAAGAACUACGACUGGUAGAGGUUAUUAAAGGUGUGGGGGGCCUUGGUCUGAAGCUGGUGGGCUCGGAGCAUCAUGGGACUUUCAUCUCCGAGGUGACACCAGGGGGCGUGUCCUGGAUGGAUGGGAGGCUGCUCAUAGGGGACCAAAUUGUUGCAGUAGAUAAUUAUGACUUAGGGGGCCGGUCCCAUUUGGCAGCUGCUGACUACAUUUUGAACCUCCCAGUGGGGACUAUAGUUUCACUGAUGGUUUUGUACAACCCAGAAGGAAUGGAGGAGUAUUACAAGACUGUUCAGUUCUGUCCAGGAUGACAUGAACUACUCAAGAUGUGAAUGGGAACCAAAGCUUCACAUGUUGCAAUGGACCAGGAAAGCCUGUGUCCUGUCCCACUUAUAUGUUACACUGAGCCAAAAAUAUGCUUAGAAUAAGUUUAAUGUAUCACCCUAUUACUGUAUUCAAGUUGGGAGGUGUUUUAUGCGCUUUAUAUAAUUUUCUUAUCAUUCAAUUUGAUUGAUAGGUACGACACUACUUACGGUUUAUGUCUACUUUUGAAAUGCGCUGACUUUAACAUGACUGUGCCUAUUUAACUAAUAUAUGUGUGAACAUUGUUAUAGUCACUUGUAACUGGCCAUGGCAAGGCCAAUAGUGAUGUAGAGCAUACAUAUCUUUAUCCAUAUAGCAGCUAAAUUAUCAUCUUGUGACUAGAUUUUAAGUUUCCCCCAACCCCUGUAGCAAUGGUUUUAGAAAUAUGUAGUUGACAUAAUGAUAUCCAACAUAAAUGUAUGUAAAUGAAUGUAAAUUCCCAAUAAAGAAGAGUCAUCCAAUGCACUCAAAGUCAUGAUAUAUAUAAUAUAUAUUGUACUUCAAACCAGAUACUUGUAACAGUAAUCAGUAGGUGGAUGCUAGUGUUAGUAAACAAUACAAAGGUACAAAAAGUUGUCCAUGGACAGUGGGAGAGAAUCCAUGCUAUCUCAAAUAUUGUUCAACUUAGGUGGGACCAUGAAGGAUUGCUGAGGGUUGCUGCAAUUGUUUUCCUUUGUUCUGAAUUUCCAUUUUGCAUACAUUACUAUAUAUCAUUACUUAAAUCAACUUUUCAAUUUCUUCACACAAUGUGUGGCUGCAUGGUUGUAAAAUGCUUCUCAUACAAGGUAAACAUAGUAAACAAACAGACCUGGUCCAUGCUGAGAAGUUUAGAGUACCACUUUUCAGUAUGGAACAAUUUUAGUCAAUCAAAAUCACCUUGUCAAAAAGGUUACCACAAUUUCCCCUAUUGAGAUGUAAAAUUCACAGUCCUAUCGGUAAAAUUAAUCAUAUAACCCUAGUACAGGAUGAACAAAUACCUUAAAUUGCCUUAUUGCUUUCAUGUGUAAAAUGUACAUGUAUACCUCUACAGAUACAAUUAAAGAGUUUCAUACAAAACUGUGCUUCUUAUCAAAGCAUCUAAUAUGGCAAAGCCUAGACCUGAAAACCUUUCUCCAUACUUUUAACAAGUCUCUACCUUUCUAGGAUUGUUCUAUACCUAUUCACCUUCCAUCUACUAAACAUCAAAUGCCUACAGCAUAAAUAGUCUUCCCAAAAUAGACUCUUAUUUACAACAGCUGCCAUGCACCAAUUCAAUUGCCACCAAUAAAUAUAUACCACACUUUUUACUAUUUUAAGAGGUCCUGUACUACCUUAAAGAUGUAUAAAAGUAUAAACUGUCUUAAAAAUGUAAAAACAUGCCAUCACCAAAUUUCUAACAUUACUAGUCAUGCCCACCUUUUAGAAAAAUUUACUAAUAUAUAGAGAUAACAAACUCUUGUAGAAUACGAUAAAAACCCCUAAUUAAAAGAAGCCAUGUUAAACAGUGAAUGCCCUGAGAGUGGAACAUGUUUGGUCUGAAAGUGGAAAGUCAAACCAACUUCACUUUUACUAUGCUGUGAUUUAGAUGCAGUUUUUUUCGUAAAUGGUAGAAAAAUGUUCUAUUUAUUAAGAUAGUAUACUAGUAUUGCUUUGA